AUGCUGUGCAACUGGACCUCUCAUGCACUGCUGCUGGUGGUAGUGCACUGCGGUGUGGCCGCUUGGGAAAAGGCCUCGAAAGGGCAAGUCCCUGUUGGAAAGCGGUCACUCGAGACCUCCAGCCUCUUCCUUCCCCACCGUGCUCACCCCCAGGCCUCGGGCUGUAGCUCCAUCCCGCCGCGCGCCCCGCCACCUGCUCUGGGUCCCGCCACACAGCGCUGCGCGGAGCCGUCGGGUCCCGAGGCGCGUUCGCGCUCCGCUAGCUCCGCCACACCCCACCCGCCCGGGGCGACCGCCCGCGCGAACAAGAUCCGUGGCUCCGCUUCCCGGAGGGGCGGGAAGAGUUGGAGCCCGUUUGAGGCUUCUGGAGACACACGCCGGCCCCCUAGCCCUCGGAGAACGCGUCGCCGGAGCCCCUUUCCCGUGGCGAGCACUCUCCCACGUCGGGGGGCCGGGCCCCGGGGCUCGGCCGCUCUGCCCCUGCCUUUCAGGGCGGCCGCGGGCUCCGAGUCGGCGCCGCAGCCGAGCGGAGGGGGCGUUCGCCCCGCUGUCCGGUCGCCCUCCGGGUCCAGGCGCUCCGCCCCGGCCGCCCGCGCCCGUCGCCAGCUCCCGGGCUGGGUCUCAGGAGCCCGCGGGCGACUCUUCCCUGCGCCGCGCGCUUACCUGCCGAUCCCGGCAGACGGACUGGCUGCGGGCGCCCUCCGACACUCCUUGUCCCCUCUCCCCCGAGCCGCGUCCCUCCCUCUUCCCGCCGGCUGGGCGCCGCCCCCGCCGCUCCGGGACCGCUCGGCCGCCCGCUCUCCAGCUGCCCUGCGCGGCGUGGCGCGUCCGGCGCUCGGCGGCGGCGAGGCUGGGCGCGGAGGCUGGGCGCGGAGGUGGGGAGCGGGCGGGGCGCCGAGGGAGGAGGGUGUGAGCGACUGGCGCGGCUGGCCGAAGCCCGGCGGGGAGCUCGGGCAGGGGGGCGGGGAAAAUCCGGCCCGCGGGCUGGGCGGCCCCCCCACCCCCGCGGCGCCCCUGGACUCCCUGGACCGCGCGACCCUCGGAUGCCCCGCGUGCGUUCGGCGCGCUCCUGGGAGACCCUCAACCUCCAACCACCCCCCUCACCUUUAG